AUUAAUUAUUUCUUCUCAAAACACACAACACUAACUUUCCGUCGAAUAGAAACGUAUAAUAAAUUGAAUAUUGUAGCGUAAUUGAAUGUCUCGCUCAGUGAGACCUUUCCUCCGAGAGUGGCCAGGAAAUCGAAGAAUCGAAUUAGACAAUCAUAGAAAUAUAAUUAUAGAUCUAUCAGGUUUUUCCAAGAUUUUUCGGUAUAAAAGCCUCAGCAUCCAAAAUGGGUUCGUCAGUCAACAUUCGUCAAACAAUAGAUCCAUUCACUUCAGCCAGCCGAAACUUAGCCGCCAUGAAGAUUUCAAAUGAGUUGUGUCUAUUGUUCAUUGUUGGAAUCAUCACGAUGGUUAUCGCAAUGCCAGCUGAUGGAAAUCGUAUCGGAACGUGCAUAAGAAACUGCGCUCAGUGCAAGAAAAUGUUCGGGCCGUACUUUGAGGGUCAAUUGUGUGCAGACACAUGCGUCAAGUUCAAGGGAAAAAUGAUUCCGGAUUGCGAGGACGCCGACUCUAUUGCACCGUUCAUCGUACCACUCGAGAACGAGUAGUUUUAUUUAUAAAUUUUAUCUAAAUGAAUUUACUUUUUAUUUUAGUUAUCAGGAUUUUCUUUUGUCUUGCUAUAUUAGCUUCGCUAUUUAUUUAUUUUUUUUUUUAUUGUAAUGAUAAUCUUGAUCGACGGAUUUGCAUUUUUGAGUUCCUCGUUUUUAAUUGUCGACGCUAAAUUAUAACGUAAUAGCUAUGCAUCGUAGAUAAUUUAUCCACGUACUUUGUUGUGAUUGUGACUGUCAUACGUAAAUACUCAGGGAAUUUAUUUUAAUCGUUAAGUUUUCUUUCUUUGUAUUCUCAGUUGUCAGUUCUUUUUUUUCUUUUUGUGUUACAAUUAUUUUUUUAUACGAAUACUUUUGACGAUGAUGAAAAAUGUCUGAUAUGGUUGUAAGAAAUAUUGAAUUCAAUAAAAUGAGUCAUAUUAA